GUCUGUAGACAUUCAAUUGUGAAUUCUGACCCACAUUCAAAAACUUAGUGAAAACUAGUCCUUUGUUAUUGUGGGAGUGCAUUGAUUGUUAUACUUGUUAUUGACGUCAUUGUGCACAUUUAAAAAUCCCCACCACCAAUAAUGAAUCAUCAAGCGCAUGCUUUACUCUGGGCCCUAUGGACUUGUUUCCUGAGCACGAACACGGCAAUUUCAACGGAAAAACUACUGGUCUGUGCCCCACAUUCCGGUUGUAUUCAAGGCACCUACAUGCCGGGCUUUCAAACAGCACGUUUUGAAGCAUUCUUGGGCAUACCCUAUGCAAGGCCCCCCACUGGGGAGCUUCGCCUACGAAACCCCGAGAUUAUGCCAAAAUGGCGAGGCACUUACAAUGCCACUGCAGCCAAACCCGAUUGUAUACAGAAAAAUUAUUUGCUGCCGACACCAUCGGUAUAUGGGGAAGAGGACUGUCUGUACUUGAACGUGUACAGGCCACAGCACCGAUCGAAACAAAAGCUACCAGUUAUGGUUUAUAUACAUGGAGGUGGUUUCUUCAGUGGCUCUGCUGGGCCGCUGGUCACGGGACCCGAGUACUUUAUGGACAACGAACAAGUUAUACUGGUCACAUUGGCCUAUCGCUUGGGAGCGCUGGGCUUUCUAUCCACGGGGGACUCAUUCAUGCCGGGUAAUUUUGGCUUAAAGGAUCAAAAUCUGGCACUGCAGUGGGUGAAGCGAAACAUUGAUGCCUUCGGUGGGGAUCCACAGCGUGUAACCAUCUUCGGCCAGAGCACAGGUGCCAUUUCCACGCACAUGCACAUCCUGAGUCCAAAGUCGAGGGGUCUUUUCCAAAACGCUAUUAGCAUGAGUGGCACUGCCAAUGUGCCAUUUGCCAUAGAGUCUCAGCCGUUGGAACAGGCUCGCCAAGCCGCCGAGCUGUGCGAUAUUAAGGGAGCAAGUUGGUUAAGUAGUGCCAAGUUGGCACGUGCCCUGCGUAAGGUGGAUGUGAGGACGCUGAUCGAUGCUGGUGAUGGUCUCAAGUUCUGGGAUGUCGACCAUCUAACCAACUAUCGGCCUGUUGUGGAGCUGGAAGGGCCCGAUUCCUUUUUGAGUGAGCAUCCCGAAACCCUGAUGGCCAAAGGCAGCUAUAUGAAGGUGCCCUGGUUGUUGGGCACCUUGCCGGGCGAAGGUGCCGUCAGAGCGGUUAACAUCAUGGAAAACAAGACGCUGCGCGAGGACUUCAAUGCCGACUUUGAUGCUAUGUUGGAGGAGUUUCUAGAAUUUCCAUCUGUAUUUACAAAAGCUCAGCUGAAGCCUAAGAUGAAACUCAUUAUGGAGGAGUACCUUCAGGAUAAGCACGAGCUAAAUGAGGAAACCAUUUGGGGAUUCAUGGAUAUUAUUUCAGAUCGUGGUUUCAAGCAGCCACUGUACAAUGCUGUCAGGGAACAUGUCAGCAGCCUGGACCCUAAAAAUCCUCCAAUAUAUAUUUAUAGCUUCAACUACAGCGGACCUCAUAGUUUUACGCAGAUUUAUACGAGCGUGAAACCAGCACGCAACUAUGGAGUAGUCCAUUGCGACAGUUUAAUCUAUCUUUUUCGCAGUCCCAUGCUGUUCCCCGAUUUUGGACGCCACUCAACAGACGCUCAAGCCAUACAGACAAUUGUGGACUAUUUCGUACAUUUUGCCAAAUAUGGCGAGCCUAAAAUCGUCGAACCUCUUACGCCCUGCACGGAGAACUUUUUCAAGUUGCGCCCCACUGGCUUCUGCGAAUAUCAAGAAUUCACCAAUUCGGAGGCGGGUGUGGAAUUGAAAAUAUCAAAGAAAUUUCCAGUCGCUCGUGCCAAACUGUGGAACAAUAUUCUAGGGGAAGCGAGGGCCAACUCUAAUCCUAACCCUGCCUGUUAGAUAUAAGCUUUAGUUGUUUUUAAAUAAGGUAAAUAGGUUAGUGGUCCUUUAUAGUAUGUGUCUGUAUAGUCACGUAUAUUUAAAUGCAACCUACAUGUAACUAAGUUCAAUGACUGUCUAAGCACCGUUUGAUGGUACGGAUUUGUGUGCAUGUGGUGUCCAGCAAUGGGACUAACACAUGCAAGUUAUUUGUGUUAACA